CUUGGAAAAGAAUGAAUAAAACUAAAAAUUACCCACCGGCAAAUCUAUAUUUACCGACUAUAAACUCAUGAGCGCCACAAAUGACUGUCAUUUGUAGCUAGCAAGCUAACUGUCCCGGAUGUGUUCAGUGGUAUUCUGGCGUAGCAGAAUUAGCUAGUUUCCCAAAGUCCGUUUUCUUUGGCUCUGGAGAAUAUCUUUACCUCUCGAAUUCUAAAAGUCUCGUGUCUUUGGUAGUAAAGGCGGCUGAGCUACUGUAUUUUCUUAGUAACGCCAACAAGAGUACUAUUUGUAGCGAUAUUUCUUGACAUAUAUUAACUGACUAAUGAUACCACAAUAACCCGUUCCAUAUUGUAACUUUAGUCAUCACGUGGCUUUGAAUGCUCAUUUAAUUAUGAUAGGAUGUUUUUAUGUGAUUAAUACACAAUUUAAGCCACAGAAAAUGAUGUUAAGCUAAUACGACACCAGUGUAAUUGUCUAUUCUGUAAACUUCCAGUAUCAGAAGAUGAAUGGUGUUUGUUGUGUGCUGAUCUGAUUCGUUACUAUUUAUCCUAAACGAUUUCUAAUCUAUAAACAGUGAUUGUUUGUGCUGUAAGAGCAUCAUCUCUAUAUUAACUAGCUGUCCGCUAGUCAUGCUUAUUUUUUCUUUAAAACUUGAUUACAUUUAUAAGUCAGAUGGUGAACCAUUAUUUUGUAUAUUGGUUUGUAACAAAGUAUACAUUUAAGGAUGAGUCCAUGUGGCCUUAAAAACAUGUGCAGGGAUUUAAAACUAAUUGCUUCAACCAAAACCAUUUUAUUAUUAUUAUUAUUAUUAUUCAUUUGAUUUUGUUUUUAGUGAAGGAUAAUAAAUGAAAACAUACAUAAAUACUCAGGUCAAUCAUGUAUUGCCGUAUGUUUUCUGACUCUUGUUUGUCCUCUGAUCCCCCGUAUUGGGCUGCUGAAUUACCAGCCCAAUAUAAAGGGAGAUACAGGUCAAACAUGUUAAAUGGAGCCCAGUUUGUGGAGGCCCUGGGCCGUCUGGGUUAUCCUGGUACAUCUUCGCUAAAGUGCUCAGAGUUUGAUUGGCUGUUUGACUGCGCCCCGGAGAACCUUCACUUCUUGCGCUUUGUCUGUCGCACUCUCAACCGGAGCAACGUCCUCACCGCAGAGGAGGUUGCUGCAUUUCAAGAACUACAGAAGUCUGGAAAGCCAAUUCUGGAUGAAGGAGCCUUGAGUGAAGUCCUGAAAACUGCUGGAGCUUCAGAUGGGAACAUAUUGGGGCCCUCUUCUUCAUCCUUCGCGUUUGCCCAGGAAGAAGAUCUGACCUUAGAAGAGUUGCGUGCAGAACUCCAAGUGCUGAACAAAGAGAAGGAGCUGAAGCAACGGCGCUACAACAAGCUGCAGGUGGUAACCACGUCCCGCGCAGAUCAUGAGCUGCAGCUCGCUGCAGAGCUGGACUCUAAUGCAUGUUCGCUAAAGCAAGUCAGGGCUUCAAUUGGAGCAGAGAAUGCUGACACCAACUCAUUAUUAGGUGUCCUAACAGAUGAGGUGAGCAGGCUGGCAUCACAUUUCCCUCAAAAAGAAACCAAGCUAUCAAACACCUCCAUGCCCCAGAGGCCUGCUGUCCUCCUCUCUCAGCUCUCAUUGGAUCCAUACUUACAUCAGGAGGAGCUCAACACCAAGACUCUAGCUGCCUUCACACAGAAGCAUUUUUUUGAGGGUAUUUCUGAUAUUGUUGAGACCUCCUGCUCUGAUCGCUUUCAAAUCCUUGGUGUCCAAUCCAGUGAAGAUGCAGUGGAGAAAGAGACAAAGUGUGAAAAUAGUGCGGCUGAGCUAAAGCGGACAGAGAUGGCGAGACUUCAGUGGGCUCAUAUUGUUGCUCAGCACCAGUUGAUGCAGGCCUUGGCAGAGGAGAAGAGCAUCAAAGCUGGAUUAGAUUGGCUCUCAGAAACAGCUGGUCAUACUAAGAGCAUUUACGCCUCUUCUUCACUGCACGUACGUGAAGCUGUGUCUAGAAAGGAGCUGGAGGCUGUGGAGGUUGAGCUGGAAGCUCUGCUUCAUGGACCAGUACCUGCUGCUCUUAGAGAGUCAGCCAGGCUGCUCAAUGUUCCCGUAGUGAGAGGAGACUUGGCGCUGCAGCUGGCCAGGCAGAAGUACUACACGUCCAGGCAGGACCAGGUGCGUGACUACUUACUACGGCAGAAAGCGUCCUUCGACUUGGUGCUUCUGGCUCAGGAGAUGGAGCUGAGAAGGUGGAAGACGUGUCACGAACAGCUGAGUGAAAUUGAAGGCAGACUGUUGAAAGAAGGCAAAGAAGCAACCUUAAGAAUAGAGUCUCUGGCGCACCCAGAGCUGGCCGUCAACCCAAGACCCAACCCUAUCAUCAGCAGCAAGGAUGCUGCGUUCAGCAGACUGCUCCAGAUCCUCAAGCACAACUCGGGCUCCGGCCGAGUGGAGCCCUUUAGAACGUAUGAAGCUUUGGACCAGGCGGCUCACAGUCUAGUGACCAACCACCAGCUGCUGCUAGACACUCUAGCGAGCGCCCGCCGUGAGCAGCGCUAUGCUGCGGCUCGCCUUUACGGCGACUGCGAGAUGCUCCACAGGGCUGCGUACACAGAGGUGCAGCAGCUGGUCCUAGGCCCGCAGGUAUGUCCAACGGCCAGUAAUGACCAGGACCUCCUUUGCCCCAAUGCACAGGAACUGACACUGAAGCUUGUGGAAGCCGAGACUCAGAUGCAGAAUCUCCAACAAGUAUUGCAGGAAAUCCUGGCAGAAGUGAAAACCAAGCGCUCCCAGCUGGAUCGUAAUCCUCUCCUGAGACGGGAGAGGGAAUUAUACAUUUUCUUCCACCUGGAUGCCCGACUUCUGCAGAAAAUAGUGGAAGAUCAGGAGGGCAAGAGACAAAAGCAGUGAAAGGAAAACGACGAAAAGCUCACUUCCUCUUGAGAACCGGAAUGUUUUCAGUGUUUAAAGUGAAAUAUGACUUGUUGUGUUUUGUUCUUUGUGUGUUUCAUGUCUCACAGUCUUCUAACAUUUUUCUUAUCUGAUAAAUAAAGUAAAAUUCAAAUGUUUUAAUCCUGAUCUUGUUUAUUUUUGAUCACCCGUAUUAAAGUUUGUAUAACAAUCA